AUUUACUCUUUAUUUGAGGGUUAUUGUGGGGAGAAAAGAAACUUAACAAGUUGAAUCUGAACAAAACUUUGUUUUUCAUUAUAUACUGUACAUUUCUUGGUGAAACCCAAAGAAAAGUGAAACAAAGAGUUUAUCUUAUCUUACGAUUGUUGCUUCAUUCUGUUCAUUCUUUGCUACACCUUUAAGAAAAUCAGUGUAAAACCUUCAUCUGGGAGUAGGGGCAUUCCUCCUGUCUUGUUGGCUGGUAAUUGGGGAAAAGGAUCAAUUAUUUAAUCGCACUCCAAGGGGCAUUCUUAGUCUUGGAGCGUUCUUCUCAUCAGUCAUAACUCAAAUAGAAAGACACAAUCAAGACAGAAAAACACAUACUUAAAAGCUUAAGAAUAGGAAUUAAUUGUUCUAGGGGUGGGGACAUGGCUCCUUUCAUUUUCCUAGUCGUCCUAGAUGGUGCAGAAUAAAAGCCACUACAUUGUAGUGAAAUUCCCGCUACAUAUACAAAGUCAUUUUUAUUCCGUUUUUAGUCAAACCAAAGAACAAGGUGAUCCUUAUGUGGACGAGUCAGAGCCAUUUUCAGUGGUGAAGGAGAAGUGCUUCGAAACAGUGAAUCGUUUUGCGGAGCAAUUGAUUCAUUUCAAAGCUCCGAAAAGUUUCAGUUUCGUUUCAUCAUCACACUCAGACUGAAGCAGACACGUCCACCAUUUUAUAGACUGAACUAUGUUUUUUAACUAACGUUAUUCUGGAAAACAUCACGUCGACGCCACUCGUCUUAUUCAGUCAUUUUAAGCAGCAUUUUAGUUCUUCGUCAGUAUAUCAGUAUCUGUGUGUUCGUUUAGUUUUAGUUCUUCUGUCGUUAUUCUCAAGUGCGUCACUGUGUUUCUGGGCACGGCGGCCAUAGAUCCAAACCCUUGACUUUACUGAUCAUCUUUAUGAACUUAAACACCUACAACAACAUGAAGAAAAUCUCUUUAUUCUUUAUGAUCUCUUUACUCAUCAGCGGUGUGUUUGGUGAUGAGACUGAGAGAGUGUCAGUGAAUGAUGGAGGUUCUGUGACUCUACACACUAAUCUUACUGAACUACCGAGAUUUGAUGUCAUCGAUUGGAGGUUUAAUGGCUCUCGCAUAGCUAGAAUCUACAGAGAGUACAGGAGUGAACCAGUUUAUGACCCUCAUGAGAGAUUUACUGACAGACUGAAGAUGAACCCUCAGACUGCAGAUCUCACCAUCACAAACAUCACAUCUCAACACACUGGACUUUAUCAACUAGUGAUCAUCUAUGAUAAGCCCAUCACAAAGUCAUUCAGUGUCAGUUUGUCUCCUGAAGUGAAGAUAGUGAAAGAGAGAGAUUCUGUCACUCUACACAUUGAUCUUAAUGAGAAACAGAGAAAUGACCAGAUACACUGGAAGAUCAAACACAACAAGUCUCCUGUAGCUGAAAUCAUUACAGUGAAUGGAAAGAUCUCAACACAUUUGAUUGAAGAGAGAUUCAGAGACAGACUGAAGCUGGAUGAUCAGACUGGAUCUCUCACCAUCACACACAUGAAGAAUGAAGACUCUGGACCGUAUGAAGCAGACGUCACCAUCGGCAGUAACACACACACUAUACACAAGACAUUCAGUGUCACUGACUCAGGUCUGUCUCCAGGUGUGAUAGCAGGAAUAUGUGUUUCUCUCCUCGUCCUGGUUAUUGCUGCUGUUGUUGGUGUUGUGAUCUACCGUCGCCGCAUAAUGAGACAUGAAGAUUCCAAGACAGGAAAAGAGGCAAUGGAGACAAAUGAGCCUCUGAGGAAUGGAGACGCCAGCAAUCGUGAUGUGCCUUCAGUUUAACGUCCCAAUGUCCCCCUCCCUCGGCAUACUUGGGUGACUUAGGCCCGAUUCACAUUUUGCGUCUUUUCCACGCGCAUAUUCAUUAUUUUAAAUGUAAAACCGCGGGUCAUUUGAAGAGAGAAAGAGGCGCCUUAUCUACAAUCAUUUCUAACCAUACAAACAGCAACUCCUUGUGACGUUUACUGUUGCCAAGAAAACAAUCCUCAUGAACUGGAAAUCAAGGAAUACCUGUUACGUGCCUAAUAUUGUGUAUGGGAAAAUUGUUUGCGCGGUGCUGUUUUGUUUUUGUUUCUCUCUCUCUCUAUCGCUCUUUAGGAUCAGCCCAUUGGUUAACCGGCUUGUCAGUAUUACUUGACACACCUGUGGCAGGCACCAAUCUACAUCGAGGUUCCGCCUAUAAAAGCCUCCCUUGAAACCGGAACCACGAGAAUUUAUUAUUAUUUAUUUAUUAUUAUUAUUAUAUAAUUAUUUUUGGUUAGAGAGUGUAGGUUUAUUCCGGGCGUUUUAACACUGAAGACCUCUGUUUUAUUUUCUUGUAGGCAGUUUUAGCAGAGGAUGGGGAAAAGUAGUGCAUGCUGUUUUGUUCUUUGCUUUAGCAACGCUCGUGUUCUUUCCCUCCGUGUUCGUGGUUAAAACUGUAAAUAAUUGUGUAUGAAAAUACUAUCACUCUUUUGUUGCAUGUACAUCAGAGCUAGCCACAAGCAACCCGUUGAUUAUUCUUCAGGUUUUAUGUCCAUCCCUCCAUAACCCAAAACAACUUGGGAACGUAACAUUACCAUACACAUUGCAUCUUGGAAAAAUGUACUAAUUAGAAUACAUCUCUAUGGAAAACAUGUGAGGCAACACUAUAAUCAUGUAUUAUUACUAUAAUAAUCAUCAUUUUUAUUUCAGUAGAUACACUCUUAGACACCCCCUUCCAUGUCUCCUACAUUUCUCACACACUUGUAGAUAUUAUCCAUCCACUAUGAGUUAUCACUGUCAAUAUUAAUCAUCCUCAUACAUUUAUGCAUACUACGCUCACACACACAAACAGAAAGGUUGGCUGUCGUUAUGUCUGUUUGUCCUGGUCUUAUUGUUGUCGUUGUUUAGCACAUGUACAGUAUAUAAUAUACUUCAUUAAACCUGUUUUGUGUAGAGUUGAAGAAACUACAAAAGAAACACAAUUUAGUUACACAUACACAUCCACCAACACACACUGUUCAUACCUCUGACAUACACACAAAACAUCAUAAACCACAAACUGCAACUGAAUAGACAAACACAAACACACUUCUCAUGCUUGCCAACCAAACCACAUUUUUUUCCACACCAUGUUUCACUUUAACCCAGACGUGAAGCGGUUAGGAGUUCCGCAUGCAUUCAGUGUCAAUAAAAUAAAUUGUGUUUGC